AUGCUCUCACGUGUUGCUGCAAUGAAGGCACCCCGCACACACAACCGUCGCCGCGUGACCGGAUCCAGCGGAAGGAGGAGGGAAGGAAGAGAGAGUGAGCCGCAGAGGCCCAACAUGUCCCGGCGUGUGUUUACUUUCACGGUGCUGCUCCUAUUUGUCGUGAUGAUGUGCUGCAGUGGAGCUGCGACCGCUGAGGUGGGAAGUAAUGCUGAUGCUUCAACUCCUUCUGGGUCGACAUUGACGGGUGUCAUUGCUGGAGAGGGGAGCACUUCAGGGGGUGUUGAGGGGCUGCAGGGAGUCGAUCUAUUUGUGCCGCAGACGACGCAGGUGCUGCCGAAGACGGGGACUGACUCAAGUCGGAGGGAUUUAUUUGUUUCACCCUCUCUCGUCAGUGCUGGUGGAGUAAUUGCUGCUUUUGCCGAAGGUCACAUAGGUUUCAAACCCCAUACUGAAUCAACUAAGCCGUUUUCUGAUGUUGUUGCGGAGUACAUCGACUCUGCGUGGGAAUGGCCCACUCUUGUUGAAAAGGUCAAAAAGGAAGAAUGGAGGGCACACACCGUGCUUGGUAAAGCGGAGGGAACGGAUAAUAGUGUGGUUUUUUUUUACCACCCCACAACCACCACGAAGGACAAUAAGGUGUUUCUUCUUGCGGGAAGCCUUGAUUUGCACAAUGAAAGUGAUGGGAAGUGGAAAUGGGACAACUUUGAACUGAAACUGGUUGUGGGUGAUGUGAGGGAGCCUACGAGCAGCGAGCUGACUGAACGGAUCAAAUGGGACCAAAUCAGGUCUCUGUUAAACGAGAGUACUAUAGCUGCUCACAAAGGUGAAUUGAAGGAGUUUCUUGCUUCUGGUGGCUCAGGUGUUCUGAUGGAGGAUGGCACGCUUGUGUUUCCUCUGAUGGCGAGGAGCGGAAAUGGUGUCGUUUACUCCAUGAUCAUUUACUCGAAGGACAACGGCAGUAAUUGGGUGCUCUCGAAGGGCGUUUCCCCUGCGAAAUGCUACAACCCCCGCAUCACCGAGUGGGAGGGAUCACUUCUCAUGAUUAUUGACUGCGAGAGCAGCCAGAAGGUGUACGAGUCGCGUGACAUGGGGACAGCGUGGACGGAGGCAGUCGGGACACUCCCAGGCGUGUGGGUCAAAUCACAAUCAUUCUUUUGGGAUCUGAGCUUGCACGUGGAUGCCCUCAUCACCGCGACCAUUGGGGGCAGGAAGGUCAUGCUGUACACUCAGAGAGGGAACUCCUCGGGGAAGCAAAGGGAAAGAGCGCUCCGCCUUUGGGUCACGGACAACAACCGCUCUUUUUCUGUUGGACCGGUUGGCAUGGACAAUGCUGGGAAGGAGGAGCUCGCCAGCGCCCUGCUGUACUCGGAUGGCAAUUUGCAUCUUUUACAACGGAGGGAAAACGAUAAAGGCAGUGCCAUUUCACUUUCUCGCCUGACGGAGGAAGUGAGUACGAUCAACUCCGUCCUGAAGACCUGGGCGCAAAAGGACGCCUUCUUCUCCAGCUUUUCUAUACCCACGGCGGGUCUGGUGGCAGUUUUGUCAAACGCAUCGGCCAACAACGACACGUGGAACGACGAGUACCUUUGCCUGAAUGCAAAGGUGAAGGAUGCGACGAAGGUCAAAGAUGGGUUUCAGUUGACGGAGCCUGACUCCGGGGUAAUUUGGCCUGUGAACAUUCCGGAUGAUAAUGUGCGUCAUAUAUCUUUGAGCCACAACUUCACACUUGUGGCGUCGGUGACCAUCGAAAAGGCUCCGAGUGAGGACGCUCCUCUACUGGGUGCAAUGUGGGGGGACAAUAAUUCCCCGCAUACCAUGGGAAUCUUGUAUACCGCGGAUAAAGAGUGGGUGACGAUGUUCAAAUACAAGAAGACAACAAAAAGUGGCACUUGGGAGCCGGGGAAAGAAUACCAAGUGGCACUCAUGCUGCAAGGCAACAAGAGCUCUGUGCACAUUGAUGGUCAGCCGCUGGGGGAAGAGGAAACGCUGUUAACAGCUGAGAGACCACUUGAGCUCGCAGGCUUUUGCUUUGGCGCGUGCGGUAUGCAAAACUUUCCUGUGACGGUGAAGAACGUCUUUCUGUACAACCGCCCACUGAAUCCCACUGAGAUGCGUGCAAUCAAGGACAGGAAACCCGUUCCAAAGAGAGCUCUGGAACCACAAGCGGGAGGUGUUUCUCAAACCAUCGCAUCUGCUGUACCUGCGGUGCCUGGCCCAGAGAAAACUUCAGCAGCUCCAGCGGUGCCAAUGACAUUGGACCCCCAUGCAGUUGAAGAGGUGAGUGAGAGUGGAGCGGCAAAGAGGAAUACCUCUCGGACUGAAGAUGUACAAUUCGUUGUGCCAGAGGUGAGCUUUACCUCUGCUGGGAGCGGACUGCUGCCGCUGCUUCUUCUGCUCGGGCUGUGGGGGGUUGCGGCUGCGUGA